AGUUAAUCAUUGCAAACUUCAUCGUUGUUUGCGAGUCGUGUCAAAUGUCAGACACAUUGCUUCAUUAACAAAUAACACUGUUUACCUCUGGCGAUUGUGCAGUAAUGCAUUGUACAAUCUUAAUUUGUCAUUAGUGAAAAGUUUCUAUCCACAACAAUUACUGGAAUCAUCACGUCCCAAGCAAAGAGCGCACUAUUGUGCGAAAAGUUUGGAAAUAAUGGACAUUGGUAAACUACUUGUUGUCUUUUACGUUCUGGUAUUAAUAAAUCAUGAACAAUAUAUUUUGGGUGAGUAUUGUACAUUCAUGAAAGAAGACGACGUUACAUCCUGUGGUGACACAGCAAUAACGAAGAAUUCAUGUUUAUCUCUGGGAUGCUGUUGGAAUACAACAAUAUCAAAUGGCAACUACAGUUGUUACAGAUCCAAACAUCUAAAUGGAACAUGCGUGAAAUAUCCAGAGGAUGGAAUAUGUUUCAAAUACCUAAAUAGCUCAGUACCACAGUAUCGUGAGCAUCUACGAUUUAUUGAUGAUAAUAUGGGGCUAAACAAAACAAACAAAAUUUUGGAAGAAUUUCAAAAGUUAAUAAAUGUAGUUGCAUUGAAUGAACUUAAUAAAACCUGUUUCCAUACAGUACGACACCUACUAUGUCAUUAUAUUCUUCCCCCUUGUGAUGAUGGAUCUUUCAUACAAAUUUGUCGUCAAGACUGUGAAAUGUACGAGAAAGUUUGCCCAGGAAGAAUACAAAAGUUGGUCGGAGCAGCGAUCAUUAGUUUGCAUCGCUCAAAAAAUGACUUUGCUCAUCUCACUUUACCUGAGUGUUAUAAACUUGAUAAACAAAAGGAUUUAAGCAAAGUUGGCAGGAAAUGCUAUUUGACUGGUUUCUUUGAUCAGCCUCCUGUAAAUAUGUCUGAUGCUCCUGCAAAUACUCCAAAAGAGAGAGAAAAAUCUAAAGAUAAGAUAAUAAUAAUCACCUCAGUGGUUGUCGUCUCAGUGCUGUUGGUUACGCUUGUCUUGUUUUUACUCGUAUGUCGUCUACGAAUGAAAAGAAAAGUACGAGAACACCAUGACAUGAAAACAUGUGAAGUGAAGAAAGCAAAAGGGAGAAAAUUUCCAUUCGAGUCUGUAAAAGAUCACAUUAACAUGCUGAAAGAGAAUGAGUUUUUGAAACCCAACUUACCUAUCAACGACGUUAAAAUGAUACGUCAAUUUCCAGUAGAUAAUGUUGCUUACGAAAAAGAGCUUGGAGAGGGACAGUUUGGGCAAGUAUUUCAAGGUCGUGCCAUUGGUCUUAACGACGAAGAUCCUGACAUGGAAGUAAUAGUUGCAGUAAAAACCUUAAAAAAAGGCUUCUCAGAAGAGACUAAAAGAGAUUUUGACCAAGAGGCUUGCUUAAUGAACUAUCUUCAUCAUCCAAACAUAGUUCGUCUUCUUGCUGUGUCGGCUAUUGAGCAGCCAUAUUGUAUGAUUUUCGAGUUCAUGAGAUACGGAGAUCUCAGUGAAUACCUAAGAAAAUCAAAACCUUUAAAAGAAGAGAAUAAAAACAUAGAAGAAACUGACAAAAAUUAUCUUUCACGAGAAGAACUCAUUCGUAUGUGUGUUGAUGUUGCCAAGGGAAUGGAACAUCUUGCAAGCCAUCAUCUUAUCCAUCGGGAUGUGGCGACAAGGAACUGUCUUGUAGCUGAUGAUCUUACGAUAAAGAUCGCCGACUUUGGAAUGUCUCGAGAUAUUUAUUCAAAUAACUACUACAAAAUUGAGAAAGACACCGUUUUACCAAUACGUUGGUUAUCACCAGAGUCAAUUCUUUAUGGCAAAUUUACGAUUGAAUCAGACAUUUACUCCUAUGGCGUCCUCAUGUGGGAAAUCUUCACGUUCAGCAUGCGGCCUUAUUAUGGCUAUACGAAUAAACAAGUGCUUAACUUCAUUGUGAAGGGAGUUCGUCUUGGAAAACCAGAUUUCUGUCCCCAUUUUGUCUUUUCAAUCAUGAAGAAAUGCUGGAGAAAGGAUCCCAAGCGAAGACCAUUUUACAAUGAAGUUAUGUCAGCAUUGAAUGGAGAGACAACGCGGGAGAAUGAGCCAAGAAACGUGGUACAAGCUACAAUCAAAAAUUUCAAACAAAAAGAAACGACGGAGCAUAAUUAUCAAAACUUCAUUGCAUUUUCUAAGAAUGCUCACGAACCUGCGACAGUCGUCAACGAUCAUGGAUCUCAAAAAACCCAAACAGAUCCCCUUCUAGAAAAUGAUUCGGUAAAGGAGAAAGAAAAUAAGAGUAGACGAGAGAAUGGUAGUUCAUAUAAAAACUCUACUUCAAGCGAAAAUGGAAGUGUAAACACUGCCCACGAUGACGGCCUUGAUGAUGAAAUUAAUUCAAACGUCAUGAACAGACAAAAUGACAACGAAACUAACAAUGUUUCACGAAAAACGAAGAAAACAUAUUUGUUUUCUGAAAAAGUUAACAGCUACAAUUGUUAGCAAACCCUCAUUUAUUACGUUAACAUACUAAGUUGUAUUUUGACAACAAUUUAAAACAUUCACUGUCAAUUUAAUCACAUACAAAUCGAAGAUUUUUGACUAGAACAUUUCUUUAUCAUUUUUCAUAUUAACUAAGUUAUCAAGGGUAUUCAAGUAAGCAGUUUCUACCUAAAAGUCACAAGUGGGAAAAGCUCUCAGUGGAUUGUUCAUUGUGGAUUGUUUCAUUGUGUACAUUUAUGUAUAUAACAGGAACAUGUAAGUAUAUUAUUGUGUACAUAUGGCACAAAAUUCCAUAAAUCAUAGCUACACACCAUUAAACACCUGUAAUCACUUUGUAAGAGCAAUUAUAAGAUAUUUCAAUGUAAUAAUGAAUAUGAAUGAAUUAUA